AUGGCUGUUGGAAAAGUUUCUCUUAAAUGGUCUGUUUACAGGCAGCCUGCCUCUGCAAAGUGGUACGACCGAAGGGACUAUGUCUUUAUUGAAUUUUGCGUUGAAGACAGUAAAGAUGUUAAUGUAAAUUUUGAAAAAUCCAAACUUACGUUCAGUUGUCUUGGAGGAAGUGAUAACUUUAAACAUUUAAAUGAAAUUGACCUUUUUAAUAAUAUUGAUCCAAAUGAGUCAAAGCAUAAAAGAACAGACAGAUCUAUCUUGUGUUGUUUACGAAAAGGAGAAUCUGGUCAGGCAUGGCCGAGGUUAACAAAAGAGAGGGCAAAGCUCAACUGGCUCAGUGUGGAUUUCAACAACUGGAAAGACUGGGAAGAUGAUUCAGAUGAAGAUAUGUCCAAUUUUGAUCGUUUUUCUGAGAUGAUGAACAACAUGGGCGGAGAUGAAGAUGUAGACUUGCCAGAAGUAGAUGGGGCAGAUGAUGACUCACCAGACAGUGAUGAUGAAAAAAUGCCAGAUCUGGAGUAAGGAAAACUGUCGUCUUCAGGGUUUGGGGAAAGAACUUCAUCACAACAUUUCAUAAUUGAGAUAAGAAUUCCUGAGUUGAUAGCCCUAAAGGGAGAUAUUGCAUCCUUUAACCUAUUUUCAGUCCAUUUUAAAUGGCUUCACUGAUGGUUGGUGUGUACCAUUGUACGGGGCAGUCUUAAGCCACAAGAGGCAAUAAUGUUAUGCAUGAACCGUUUUCCAGACUUCCAAAAACCAAUUGAGGUGUAGGUAAUCGAUACAGAACAGUUGCAAUAAAAAGUUUACAGAGCCUCCUUGCCUCGUAGCAGAUGUAAUUACAAUGGGAGAAUUCUGAAUUUACGUAAGUGGUAAAUUAGCGUUUUCCCCUCUGUGUGGCCUGCAGGUAAAUCUGAAAAUUCAAGUUUAUACCUCAGACAAAACUGGCUGAAACAAUGGUGUUUUAAUUGGCUUACAAAAUUUAACAGGUAACAUGCAAUACCUCUGCAGUGUCUUCAGGUGUGUUCCACUAAUGUUCUAUUAAAAAGGAAACAAAUUUCACUUCACUUUGUAUUUAAUCACUAGUUAGUGUUCCAGAUGUAUUCCUAGCUAAAACUAGUGAACCCCUAACUUAAAUGGGUGAAGCCUGUACAUUCGGUAUUGUUUGACCCUAAAGCUUUACAUCUCUUAGUCCGGGGGUGAGAGUGGCUGUACAUUGUUGCUUGUCAAUCUGUACAUUUAGACCAAAUUGUAUUUGCACUGUUGGUAUGGAAACGAGUGACAAAACGUUAUACACUAUUGGAAUUUUUUGUUAGUUUAUUUGACCAGCUUAUAACAAGGCUGAAAAACCUCAAUUUAUGUUCAAAGCAGUGGGGAUUUUUUUAAUGUCUACAUUCUUUCUAAUAAACUGUUGAAGACUCCAUGGCUGUCCUUUUAACUGUCUGAUUGUAAGUUCAUGUAUUCUUAUUUGCUGGAAUGGAUUUGUUUUUUUUUUUUUUUAAUUUGGAAUACAAGCGUGGGAUUACUUCAUCUGUUUGAAGGAGGCGAGUUGUAAUGUUCCCAGCAAACCUUCAGAAGUGGAUCUGUAAUUUUAAAUUGUAGGUACACUUUGGCAACAGUUUGGAAAAAGUGUUGUGAUUUGACUCCAAUAAAACGAUGUUUUGUCCUCCUCUA